GGGGGGGGAGGAUACUAAUGUCGUCGGCAGAUGUCUCUCGCGUUGGGGCCGCUCCUGCGCUCACUGUUACGUCGCUGUUUAAAAGCAGCGGCCGAGACGAGAUGUCACCUCGCCAGCCCUUCCCACCCGUAUCCAGGAAGUGGAUGCAAACUGCCACCUGAUGGAGGGAUUGUGUGUCAGGUGAGCGGACAGUACAGCCCGGCGGGGGAAGGGCUGGGCAUGGGCGACUUCUGGCUCUACGCCUGGCUGAGGAAGGUGUCGGUGAUCACCGCGCACGUCGUCGCCCUGGGCUUCACGGUAUUCGUGACGCUGCUAUCCCGCACUGGGACCAGUCUCUUCUCCUGGCACCCCACAUGCAUGGCUCUAGCAGUCCAGUCCUGUACUUACGCUUUAGACUGGAACAGUGUACAUAGUGUUCUGCCUGUGCAUGACGGAGGGCAUCCUGCUGUUCUCCCCGGAGGGCACGCCCUUCUGCUUCAAGUCCCGGAAGGGCAAGAUCCGGGUGCACUGGUUCCUGCAGGCCCUGGUGGUCAUCGGCGGCGCGACAGGACUGGGCUUCAUCGUGGCCAGCAAGAACGUCUCCAGCCUGCCCCACCUCACCUCCUGGCACAGCCUGAUCGGCGUGGGCACCCUGGUGGCUACCGGGUGCCAGGCGCUGUGCGGGCUCUGCCUGCUGUUCCCGAAGGUGCUGCAGAUCUCCUCAGUGGCCCGGCUCAAGCUCUACCAUGCCACCUGCGGCCUAGUGGCCUACCUGCUGGCCACCGUCACCGUGGUGACGGGCAUGUUCACAGACUGGUUCCAGGGCAUCAUCAAAGGGGUGGUGUGGUACGUUUUCGUACUGCUGCCCCUCUUUCCUGCCCUGGUCGUCAUGAACCAGAUCACCAGCGCCUACCUACCAAAAAAGAAAUUCACCACCUGACCUGACUGUCUGCGCAGGGUAUGGCAGUCCCUGUUCCAUCCCAGCGUGGGUCUGCGUUCAAGUCCUUUGUUCAAGUCUCCUCUCGGCAGUCAUCAGUUCCAGUUAGUUAUUUUGAUAACCUUUAAAAAAUUAAGAGUCAAGUUAAUGACCAAGCAUCUGUUAAACCAUUACGUUAAUUAAGUAAUAAGGCGGUGAAGUAAUUGUGUUGAUUAAGAAGUUAGAGGCUCAUUAAGUGAAGGGAACCCUGCUACAGGAUGGAACAGGAGGAGGGCACACACCCCUCUCCCUCCCAGAUUCAAUGCUACUCUUGCACUGAUGUGUGUGUGGUUGUGGGUUAAACUGACCAAACUGUCCAAUUUAUUCUUAAAAUAUUAAAUGUAGGGAGAUGACUGUAGUUGGCACAGGGUUUGUUGCAUAACGCAAUGCUAGCUGCACCAGGGUCUGCUUAUGCCAUCUGGGUUUGUUUCUUUUCAGUUGUUUCAGAUUGUGUAUCUGUUCUCGUUUUUAAAUAGCCACUGCCUGCCAGCGAGUCUGUAUACCGCUGUACUGUCAGGGCCGUAUGAAAUGUGAUUCAAGUUUGCACAGGUUUUUCAGGCCCUCUUUCAAACUUCUGUGUGUGACAGACUGUACGCCUGCACGGAGACCAGUUGGAGACACUGCUUACAGCCCUUAGGCACUUUCAAGCAAUUAUUAUAUUAGCUAUGAUUUAGCUAUAACCCUCAUUUAUAGCGAAGUCUUUUCCUCUUACUCUUUAUUCAGACAUACUGUAGCUUAAUGCUCUGCUAAAACAACUGACCUUUAUUUUUUGUUGUUCAGACCUAAAGGAGUAGUGGUGUUUUCAGUGAGAGAAUUUCUUAAGCAAGGUGUAGAGCAUAGAGUGAUUGACUGGUUUAUAACCCCUUGAUUUUACUUUACAAGGUCACCCAUCUCGAUAGUGACCGGACUGGCUCUGCCUGGCUUCUGAGAUCUGAUGAGAUCAAGAUACAAGAUGGUAACAUUGCUGUCUGUGCAGGUUUGAAUGGCCUGCCUAUUUUAAACGUGAUGUUUAAAUUGUAGGCUCUAUGAGGGUGAAUAAAACCUUCAUAAACCAACAUGUUUUGAAUGUGAGUCGAGCAGAUUCCACAAUCCCAUUUCAAUGGUUUGACCACGUUUGUCUUAAUAAGCCUGCUUUGCGUCUGACCUGUCCAGAUGGGGGUACUUCUGAGUUUGAAGUCAAAAGCUGCUCCUACUGGAGUGAUCUGACCUGGGAGCAGCUGAUCAGCACUGUUUUUAGAUUAAUUCACUCGUUGUGGAAUGUCGUCAUGAACCCCUUGUAUUUUUUUUAGAUGAUGGGUUGUAACAUGAAGAAUUGUCCAGGUCUUUGUCCAAGAAAGACUGGGCCUGUGACUCGCUUACCUUUUUCCCCACAGGAGCAGGAUGCAAAUAAUGUGGAAACACCUGGGUAUUAUACACAUCCAAGUGCGGCAGCGUGUUUCUCUGCUGGGAUGGGCUCUUUGUGUAAUGUAGCCCCCUUGCAGACAGUGACUGUGGUGUCCAGAAUACAAUGACAAGUGCGUGUCAAGUGAACAUCGGUAUGGUAGUACAUCUCACAAGCAGCGGCAAGCCGUGCAAUCAUGGUGCACGUGCACUGCAACGUCAGUGUCGUGCUGUGAUGCUGGCCCGCCGGGCUUCCAGGGUCCGGAGUCCAGCUGGGGUUCUGUAUGGGAUCCCCCAGAAUUCAGGAUGCUGUGUGUCAAACGUCUGUGACUGCCCUGAGUGCACCACAGGCGGAGUUUUCCUCCUGACAGUGUGGCUCAUUUUAGCAACGAUGUGUGGCACAGAACCGCUGAGAAGAUAAAACACUCCCUGCAGUGGAACUGUGGGGGUUUGAUUUCACAGCACUGAGAUUGCCUUUUCUUUCUUUUUUUUUUUCAAACGUUUUGGCAGAAGAUGCGGCCCUCUGGCUCUUGGAGGUGAUCAAGAAUGAGCAAAUGUAGUGGGCUUUUUUAAAUUCCACAGUUCGCUUUGCUGAAAUGGAGCAGUGAUGUGGUGAAAAGGAUCAGAUGAAAAGCCGAGGUUUCGGAAAUUCGCUCCUUGAGCGCCGCUUGAAUGACUGUGUGCCUAACAGGAGCCGACAAGCGCUUAGGGGAAAGCGGGUUGUGAUGUAGAGGCUUCUGUGCUCAGAGCCACACAACGGGCUGCCUGCGGUGCAGAAUUAACAGGUUGAGGAAACGCCAGGCGCUAAUGCACGGCUGCCUGCCUGCUGCUCAGAGUUCGUGUUCUGUACCAUGUAUGCGAAGCUUCUGUUUGAAUCCCUUUAUCUUUUACGUUUGAUGAAAUCUACAGCCGAAGCUUUGUGCGAGCUUUGUGUGGGUGUGCUGUACUCUGUGCGUUGCUUUCAAUAAAAGUCUCUAAGCCUCUGGA